CCAGACGCAUCAAAUUCCCCUCCUCGGGUUACCACAUCAAAUGAGGAGAGUGACACAGCAGAUAUUUGCCGGGUUUGUAGGAGUGCGGGAGAAGCAGCACUUUACCAUCCUUGUCUUUGCACUGGAAGUAUCAAGUAUGUUCACCAGGAAUGUCUCUUGGAAUGGCUGAAAUAUAGCAAGAAAGAAGUAUGCGAGUUAUGCAGUCACAAAUAUUCGUUCCAGCCUAUAUAUCGUUCUGAUAUGCCUUCUAGUUUACCAUUCUCAGAAAUUGUAAAAGGUAUAACCUGGGCAAUUUAUGCUUUAGUUUUCAUUGCGUGGUUGGGUGUAGUACCUUUGACUGCUAUGCGUAUAUACAGAACUAUUUUUGCUGCUACGUCAGUGGCAGAUAUAUUUGCCUUGCCCUUUCAUUUGUUUUCGAUGGAGAAUAUAUUAUUUGAUUGUUUCAAGGGUUGUUUUAUAGUUUCGAUAUUUUUGUGUACAUUCAUUUCUUUGGUUUGGCUGCGAGAGCAAAUUAAUAAUGGCGGGCCACAGGAGUGGUUGAAUUUGGAAACUCCGGAGUCGAACCAGGGAGAAGGAGUGAGAUUGAAUAAUGGAGCGCCAAAUGUUUUUGAAGACUUGGAGAGACGUGGCGGUAAUCUCGCAGGACGGAUCGUCGAGGAAGGGCAAGGGGAUGUUGCAGUUCAAGAACAGGGCGAUGCAGAUAACUGGCGUGAUUGGGAAAGGGUUGCUGAUGAGCUGACCUGGCAACGACUGCUUGGCUUAGACGGAUCCUUACUGUUUUUGGAACAUGUCUUCUGGGUUAUUGCGUUGAAUGCCAUAUUUACCCUCUGUUUUGCAUUUCUUCCGUUUCAUUUGGGGAACACCGCCUUGAAAUUCUUCGGUUUUUAUUCUUCAAUAACAUAUUUUCCGACACCAAUAGCUAUACUGUUGGGAUAUGUGAUCGUUAGUUUUGCAGUGGUUUAUCGCAUGCUGGGGAUGUGUUAUUUAAUGUUGAAGGUAUUCCUGCUUAUGCUUGUUGAAAUUGGAUUUUUCCCUGUUAUUUGCGGUUGGUGGCUAGACGUGUGUUCCCUUCCGCUUUUUGCCACGACUCUCACCAGACGUAUGAUUGCCUUCACAGAGUCUCCCUACACUUCAGUGUUUAUGCAUUGGUUAUUUGGGAUGGUAUAUGUGUUUUAUUCCUCGUCUUUUGUUCUUAUCCUGCGGGAGGUUUUACGACCAGGUGUUCUUUGGUUUUUGAGAAAUUUAAAUGACCCGGAUUUCAAUCCAAUACAAGAGAUGAUCGAUUUGCCUGUUGCCCGUCAUAUGCGCCGGCUGAUAGCUUCUAUCUGUCUUUUUUUUACGACAAUUAUUCUUGUCGUCUACGUGCCGCUGUGUAUCAUCUCUCGCUUCUUUCCUUUUGUGUUGCCUUUUAACUUCACGUUAGCAUCAGAAACACCACUUGGGGAACUCUCAGUGGAGUUACUAGUUUUACAGAUUGUCCUUCCUGCGUUGCUGGAGCAGACUCAUGCUCGGAAUCUCCUUAAAGUUAUUGUUUUAUUGUGGUGCAAGUUCUUUGGCCGCCUGCUAAGCUUAGAGCACUAUUUACUUCCGGAAGAGAACGCUUCUAACCCUCCACGGCCUGUUCAGCUGCCGCCAGCAGAUGGAGGAGGUUUAGCAGCUCAACAUCAGGCGCUGCUUCAUGUACGAGAGCCGCAAGGACCACAGAGUUAUUCCAAACCAAAGUUAUUUGGUAUCAGAAUCUUUGCUAUUUUGGUAGCACUUUCAGUAACUUCUGUGUGCUUUAGCACCGUUUUUUAUGUAGUUCCUGCUACUUUGGGCCGAUACUUAUUUCUGAAGGUCGCUGGUCUUUCGAAUGUGCAUGAGUUCUAUACUGUACUGAUCGGGAUGUAUGUGUGCUUUUUAGCGCUAAAAUCUGUUUUGGCUGUUGUUCUUCCCGUAUUGGUUGUCAUCCCGCUGUUAACCGGCAUGUGUUUCCAGUUAUCUGUGAUUAAUGCUCUGCGUAUAUCAAACUUCCAGUCGGCUUUAUUCUUUCCGUGGCAACAUUGGGCUAUGGGUAUUUUGCAGUGGAAACUAUUUUGUGCACUUGUGGCUAUGGGACCUGAGUGGUGGCUGAAAAUAGUGUUCAAUAGGGACGGUAUUCGUGGACUUCGUUUAACAUAUCUUUAUGAAAAAUUAGUUGCACCUAUUCUCGCCAGCCUCAGUUUAUUUCUUUCGGUCCCGUACGUUUUUUGCGGAAUCAUUGCACGUGUUGCUGGGCUAACUUAUGAAGAGCACGCGUAUAUCACACGUCUCUCUUACCCUUGCAUCCUUUUCCUGAUGCUUUCUGUACAGUUUCUAUACUGGCAGUGCACGAAGAUAAAAGCAUUGGAGUUAAAAAUACGCAACGACAAGUACCUUGUACAAACCAGGCUUGUCAAUUAUGAAAGGAAAGAAAAUGUGCAAGAGCAAGGGACUAUUUUGAGUUCUGACGCUUUAGUACUGUGA